CAUUAACAAAAGGCACAAACACAGCAAACCAAAGAAAAACCCUAAACAAAACCCUGUGCUGUUGCUUGCAAAAUCCAUGGCGAAAUCAUCAAAACGCAGCAGCAGUGGUAACAGCACUGAUUCGAAGAAGAAGAAGAAGAAGAGCAAGCAAUCAGGUCCUGAAGGCGUAGCCAUGAAAGUGAAGGCCAAAAACAGCAAGAGUACUGGCGGCGGCAGCGGCAGCAAUCCCUUCGAGUCGAUUUGGUCGCGGCGGAAAUUCGAGGUGCUGGGUCAGAAGCGGAAGGGCGAGGCCCGCCGCAUGGGACUGGCCCGAACCCUGGCAAUCCAGAAGAGGAACAACACUCUAUUGAAGGAGUACCAGCAGAGUGCAAAAUCAUCGCUUUUCGUGGACAAGCGAAUAGGAGAGAAUGACCACGCACUAGAUGAGUUUGGGAAAGCCAUCUUGCGAUCCCAACGUGAACGUCAGUUGAACAUGAAGCUGAGUAAGAAAAGCAAGUAUCACUUGUCAGAUGGAGAGGAAGAUGAUUUUGAGGGAAUUGAUUCUCUUGGAAGAGAUGAUUUUGAGGAAGAGAUGCUUCCCGAAGAUGUUGAUGCUGAGACUUAUGAGGAAAGAUAUUUGGUUCAGCAUAGGAUGCAGAUACCUCGGGAAAAUGCGGUUGACGGGGAGGAAAAUAGACACAAAAGCAAGAAGGAAGUGAUGGAGGAAAUUAUCACAAAAAGCAAAUUUUACAAGGCUCAAAAGGCUAGAGAUAAGGAAGAAAAUGAACACUUGGUGGACGAGUUGGACAAGGACUUUACAUCCUUGGUUCACUCUCAGGCCUUGUUAUCUUUGACUGAGCCAAACAAGAUGAAAGCUUUGAAGGCUCUAGUGAACACUAAUGAACAAAUUAAUAAGGACCACGUACCUGCCAGUCGUACAAUAGAAAAUUUGGUGCAGGAAAAACCUGAUGACUAUGACAAACUUGUCAAACAAAUGGGAUUGGAAAUGCGUGCUCGCCCUUCAGACAGGACAAAGACACCAGAAGAGAUUGCUCAGGAGGAAAAAGAACGUCUAGAGCAAUUGGAGGAAGAGCGGCAGAAGAGGAUGGUUGCUGCUGAAGAUUCAAGUGAUGAAGACAAUGAUGAUGAUUCAGAAAAGGCAUCUGAACAGAAACCGAGAUCUCUCUCUGGGGAUGAUCUAGGUGAUUCCUUCUCUGUCAGUGAACAGAUUGUGACUAAGAAGGGGUGGGUUGAUGAGAUUCUUGAAAGGAAAGAUGAAGAUUCUGCUAGUGAAGAUGGCGAUGAUGACGAUUCUGAUGAUUUGGGAAGCUCUGAAGAUGCUGAUGAAGAAUCAGAUGAGGGGGAAGAACAUGCGAAGGAUCUUUCUUUAAAAGAUUGGGAACAAAGUGAUGAUGAUGAUAUUGGUGCAGAUUCAGAAGAUGGAGACGAAGAUGAUAGUGAUGAUGACAAAGAAACAAAUUCAGAAGACCUUGAUGGGGUAGAAAGAUUAGAUGAUGCGGUUCAUAUAAAGGCAAAGAAAAAUGAUUCUGUUAAAAGUGUGAAAAGGGAUAAGGAUUUUUCAAAUGAAAAGAAGAUAGCUGUUGGAGGAAAACAGUCAAAAGAGUCGGACAUUCCCUAUAUAAUUGAAGCUCCCAAGACCUUUGAAGAAUUAUGUACACUGGUUGAUAAAUAUUCAAACUCCAACAUUAUUUUGAUUGUCAAUCGGAUUCGCAAAAGUAAUCCAAUCACACUUGCUGCAGAAAAUCGAAAGAAAAUGCAAGUAUUCUAUGGAAUAUUGUUGCAAUAUUUUGCUGUUUUGGCAAAUACGAAACCACUGAAUGUCGAGUUACUCAAUCUGCUGGUGAAACCAUUGAUAGAGAUGAGUACGGAAAUCCCAUACUUUGCUGCAAUAUGUGCUCGCCGCAGAAUUGAAAGUACUAGAAAGCAAUUCAUUGAGAGUAUCAAGAAAUCAGAAAGUAGCUAUUGGCCUUCUUCAAAAACAUUGUGCCUCCUGCGUUUGUGGUCCAUGAUAUUUCCAUGCUCUGAUUUUAGGCAUCCAGUUAUGACCCCUGUGGUAUUGUUGAUGUGUGAAUAUCUGAUGCGUUGCCCAAUUGUAUCUUGUCGGGAUAUUGCCAUCGGCUCUUUCUUAUGCUCUAUGCUUCUCUCAGUAUUUAGACAUUCUAGAAAAUUCUGUCCGGAAGCAAUAAUGUUUCUUCGAACUUCACUGUUGGCAACUACUGAAAGUAAACAUAUUUCAGAAGAAGAUUCCCAGAUAUAUCAUCUUAUGGAACUGAAAGCGCUCAAGCCUCUCCUAUGCAUACAUGAGACAGUGAAUGCGAUUAGCCCUCUGAAUUUCUUCAAGAUUAUAGACAUGCCAGAAGACUCCUCUUUCUUCAGUGAAGUUGGUUUCAGGGCUAGUGUGUUGGUUACAGUGGUUGAAACUUUACAAGGAUAUGUUGACAUCUAUAAAGACCUAAGUUCAUUUCCUGAAAUAUUCUUACCAAUUUUGAGAAUAUUAAAUGAGCUAGAAGAACAGAAAAAUAUGCCAAAUGCAUUACGAGAUAAAAUUAAAAAUGUGGCUGAGAUUAUUAAGUUGAAAGUGGACGAGCUUCACUCUUCGAGACGACCACUUCAAAUGCGAAAACAAAAGCCAGUACCGAUCAAACUACUGAAUCCUAAGUUUGAGGAAAACUAUGUCAAGGGUAGAGAUUAUGAUCCUGACCGGGAACGUGCUGAAAUGAGAAAAUUGAAGAAGCAGUUGAAGCGUGAAGCCAAGGGGGCUGCACGAGAAUUGCGUAAAGACAACUACUUCUUGCUUGAGGUGAAGGAAAAAGAGAAGUCUUUACAGGAAAAAGAUAGGGCAGAGAAGUAUGGAAGAGCUAAAGCUUUCCUUCAAGAGCAAGAACAUGCCUUCAAAUCAGGACAACUUGGAAAAGGGAGGAAAAGAAGGAGAUAAAAGCUUUGCAUAUUUUUCCACAUUCACUGUGUUAAAAGACGCAGGGCUUACCUUCAUAUUAAUCAGCUCAAGGAGUGGUUUUCUAUUGCCUAGCUUCUAGAGUGGAUAAAUGAUGAACAAGCUUGGAAGAAUAUUUAUGAUGUGGUUUGAGAUAAGCUAGGCCUUACUUUCCCCACUCAAUAUCAAAAGUUGAAGCAAAUGGUAGUGAUAAAAGAGCUGAAUAUUCAUUUGACAAUACUCUUGCCUUCCCAAUUUCAUCUUCUGGGAAGGAAGGUGUUUGUUUACUCAUGUGUUCAAGUUUUGGGAUUAGGAGAUGCAACUUUUCAUGUAAGUUCUCUGUAAACAAUCACAGCCGUUGAACCAAGGUAAAAAUUUUGCGAAUGAAUUUUCUAUCUAAUUUGUGCUUUAUUUCCUUUCUGC